AUGUCAACGUUUAAAGAAAAAUGCUCAGUACCGAACGAAGGAGACCCACCGCAGCAAGUCCAAAAAAGGUCUUGGAAUUAUGAACCACGUCAAAGAACCUUUAAAAAAAUAUCCUGGUGUACUUAUUGUAAUGUAAUAGAACAUACAAGUAGUAAAUGUCCAAGAAUAAAAGUUUUAGAACGAAAAUGCCUUGCCAUAUUUGAAACUCUUACCAAUAAGCAACAUAUCAAA